UCUGGGGUGAGAUGCUCAUUUUUCUGCAGGAUGAAGUUUAACCCAAACAUGGAAGAUGAAGAUUUUCCCUCCAGCUGCUUAAAAACAUGGAAGCAAAAUGCAUAUCUUAAAGGCUUCUGCACCAUUCACAGCAGUGGUUAUUUAGAAAGUUGGUCUCCUACUGAGGUGGAUAUGGAUAAUGAGGCAGACAUUGAUGGAUGUCACUUAAGCUGUCUUGUAGCUGUUGGCCGCCUGCAUCCCCACACUGUUUCUCAGCUGGUGCAGAACCACGUCAAGGUCAAGCCCGUGGGGUUUGUUACAUGGCAUGUUGUUGAUGGGACAUGUGUCUUUGUAGAUGGAAGGGCCACUGUCAUUUUGGCUUAUUCACCUCAAGAGCUACUGGGAACAUCAUUUUAUGAAUACUGUCAUGAGGAUGAUAUUGUUCAUUUAGCAGAAUGUCACAAACAAGUGCUGCAGAUGAGAGAGAAAAUCAAUACAAACUGCUACAGGUUAAAAAUAAGGGAUGGCUCAUUCAUCACACUAAGAAGCUGCUGGUUUAAUUUUAAGAGCCCUUGGACCAAAGAAGUGGGGUAG